GAGAAUGCUCCAAUCUGGCUACAACUGAACUUAUCAAAUAUGGAUCGAUCAAUAUCCAUUUUCAUUCGGUAUUUCGAUCCGUUUCAGCCGUUUUAGUUUUUUGCCAGAAACCUGAGUACCUGAUUACCUUGACUGCCUUUCCCUUCUCUUCCCAACCUUCUCUUUCAAACCAAACAAAGGAAAAUAAAAACUUAAGCGAAGGUGGAUUUUUCUCCUCCUCUUCUCUGUGAGUACACACUGCACAGCACCCCGUUUAUCCCAAAAAGAGGGGAUUAAGGACAGGCCUAGAGUCUAGAGAUACACUGAUUGACGAUGUGCGGGGCAUACACUCUCUUUCAGCUAUGGCAUAUUCCUUCUACCAAGCUUCUGCAGAGAAGCUCGAAGCUUUCCAAAGGUUCAUUUUUUAUGGCUGGAAUAGAAAUAUCUACCAGACUGUGCCUUAGAAGGGAAAUGCAGACCACCACAUGUGAAAUUGCAAAUGGAAGCAACGUUCCCAUUAUCCGAACUAAACAAGAAGCUAGUUCACAGGACAAAACUUCAACAAAGCUUGAGCCCGUUGGUGCAUUUCAAAAACUACCAAUGGUGAUGCCAUCUGUUGAUAUUCUUUAUUCAGCACUGAGGAAGGCAAAGAGGGUCUCUCCUACAAAAGGCAUUGUUAAUAUUGCAAAGAGAGAGAGAAACAGAGGAGCAAAGCAACUUGAUGCACUGAUGAAAGAAUUGACUGUUCCCUUGAGAUCAUACAUGGAAAACUUCCCAAACAAAAAGUAUCUGCACCCUUAUGAACGAUCACUUAUUGAGUUAACUCUUGGGGAUGGACAUUAUGAAGAGGUUUUGGGUAGGGUAGAUGCUCUGAGGAAGAAGAUACAAUCUGUUGGAAAGGAAAAUGCCUCUCUUUGUUCUAAGUCCUUAUCAAAGCGUGAAGCAGAGGAGAGACUCAGUGAGGGUAUGAAGAAACUGGAAGAGGUUUUUAAACUUGAAGGGAAAGCUGUGGAUGAUUUGUUAAACAUUGCCAAGACAUUGCGUGCAAUGCCAGUAGUUGACCUGGAAACACCGACAUUGUGUCUAGUUGGAGCUCCUAAUGUGGGAAAGUCAUCCCUAGUCCGUAUUCUUUCAACAGGGAAACCAGAGGUUUGCAACUAUCCUUUCACAACCAGAGGAAUUUUGAUGGGCCAUAUCGCUAUAAACUACCAGCAUUUCCAGGUUACAGACACUCCUGGUCUUUUGAAGAGAAAUGAUGAGGACAGGAAUAAUUUGGAGAAGUUAACUCUUGCUGUGCUCACACAUUUACCAACUGCAAUUUUAUAUGUCCAUGACCUUUCUGGAGAAUGUGGAACCUUGCCUUCUGAUCAGUUUAUCACAUACAAAGAGAUGCGGGAAAGGUUCAAUGAUUGCCUUUGGCUUGACAUAGUAUCCAAGUGCGAUCUGUUGCAAGAUUCACCUGUCAUUUUUGUCAAAGAGGACGGUAAUAUUGAUCAUAUAGAGGUGGAAAGGUACAAGAGAUUGGGACCUGAUGGAGCUCUUCAUGUAUCAGUAAAGAGUGAAACAGGGCUCAAUGAGCUAAAGGCCAGAGUGCAUGACCUUCUGGUUUCUCAGAUGGCAAGAAUCAAAAGCAAAAAGAGCAGCCUAGAAGGCUAGAGGUACUUAAGUGGCCCUUCUCUAUUUCCCCAAAUAUCGCCCUGUUAGGAUCAAAUGAUCACUUCAACUUGAAGUUUGUGGCAGUUAUUUGAUUUGAGGGCUUCUGAGGAUAAUGGUGCUCAUUUCCAUGCUGAUCAGCUGGCCCAGACCCAUUCUGUACUCAUCCUUGCUGACACCUUGACUGAUUUGUUGGCAAGGUAAAGUCUUUUUGUUACUGAACUUGCAAAUUUCUUGUUUGGUUACAGUAUGGGGGGGAGGGGGGGGGCAUAUAUUGGGUCUAGUAUUCCAUCUCCUCCUGCAUUGAUUUUUGGGAGUACAGACAUGACCAUUAAAAAGAAAUACUGUAAAUGUCUUUGGUAAUUGCAACCUGCUUACACUCUUUUCUAAGUCAGGAUCUUCUCCUACAUGUACUUCCAGGGCUCUGCUUACCAAGUAUCUCUUGUUCUUCCAGAAUAGGUUUCAAUCCCAGGUAUGAGGUUUGAACCCCCACCCCCCACCCACGCCCAAAAGAAGGAAAGAAAAGAAAGAAGAAAAUGAGAAACUUACCAAUUGGGCCCGACAGCUAGUGAACCCUACACAAAAUGCUUACCAUUCUCCUUUAGUUCUAUUUGUAUUGAAGAGACUGAGAGAAGUCUAGUUCUUGUUUACCCUACAAGAUGGUAAUAGAAUGAUUGUAAUUUUUAUGAGAACAGUUUAUUCUGGACAGGUUCAAAAUUUAUAGAGCAUCCUUCCAUCCAGUAUCUUUUCUCUUAAAGGAUAAAAAACAUUUUAAUGCAAAAAAAAUGUCACUAAAAGCAAUGGUGUACCAAGAUGCAUGCAGCUCAUACCAACUCUGCAUUGUCAAUCAAUGAAACACUUAAUGAUCAAGGUUGGUCAUC